CUCUAGCGCUGCUAAGGUUUUUAAUACAAGUCCACCGAACCGGGGCCGACUAGGUAAUUGCCAGCUUGGGUGGGUAGGUACUUAAAGAUGAAGCUGCAAUGAUCAUUUGCCCAGCAUCCCGGUGCUUACCGUUGUGCCACUUCCAGAGUGAGCGUGAGUACCUAUCCAUACCUGGCUAAUUACUAGGUACCAAGAGACAACUUGGUGAAGACAAUGCACACCCUCAGGGCAAAAAUGCUGUCUGUCAUUCUCUUCACGGCCUUCCUCGCCCGUGGUGCGUUCUGUGCGUUUGGAUACACGUCAUCUGGUGGUAACUACGUUGUUGAUGCUGGCUCAGCCAAUACACUGGUCUUCUCUGUGAGCCAGUCGAGCUGUGACAUCAAGUCAAUCAAAUACCGCGGCACCGAGCUUCAGUAUUACAGCGCUGGUACACACGUCAACUCGGGCCUCGGCUCGGCGACUGUUUCCAUAAGCCAGAUAUCUGGCUCGUCCAAAUACAUCAAAAUCACCUGCGUGACCAGCACCUUGACGCAUUACAUGGUGGUUCGCGAGGGGGACAGCGCCAUUUACCUGGCGACGUACAUCACGGCCGAGCCAUCGAUUGGGGAACCUCGGUUCAUCGCUCGUCUGCUGCCGGACAAGCUGCCUAGUGAAUAUCCAUAUGGGGAUGUUUCAAACACCAACGGCGCCAGCUCGGCGGUCGAGGGCUCAGAUGUUUACAUUGUCAACGGCCAGACACGCUCCAAGUUCUACUCGUCCACACGCUUCAUCGACGAGGACUCGCAUUGCGUCUAUGGCGGAGGCGACAUGAUACACGUAUGCAUCAUGACGCCCCAGCAAGAGUCUUCGUCGGGCGGCCCAUUCUUCCGCGAUAUCAACUCCAACAAUGCCGGCGCGUCCACCAAUCUCUACAACUACAUGAACAGCGGCCAUGUGCAGACCGAGGCGUACCGUACCGGCCUGCAUGGGCCCUAUCUGAUGCAAUUCUCGCGCUCUGGGAUCCCUGGCGUGAAGGGCGUGGACGUCUCUUGGUUCGGAGAGCUCGGUGUAACGGGCUAUGUUCCCUCAUCAGGUCGUGGAACGGUCUCUGGCACGGCAACCGGCGUGCCCAACAAUUUGCAGGGCGUAGUUCAUUUUUACAAUAACGCGGCUCAGUACUGGGCCAAGACAGGCUCCGGUGCGUCCUUUACGUCGCCUCCGAUGAAGCCGGGUACCUAUACAAUGGUGCUGUACCAGACCGAAUUCAAGAUUGCCAGCACCUCAGUUACCGUCUUGGCCGGAAGGACCACUACCGCAAACAUUGCCAGCACCUUCAAAACCGCCUCCAAGUCCGUCUUUAAGAUUGGCGAGUACGACGGCCAGCCAACUGGCUUCCGAAACGCGGACAAGUUCCUCCGCAUGCACCCGUCAGACAGCCGAAUGAGCAGCUGGGGCCCGUUGACAUAUACCGUUGGCAGCUCGUCUCUCUCCGACUUCCCCAUGGCUGUUUUCCAGAGCGCCAACAGCCCCGUAACAAUCAAAUUCACUCUGGGGAGCGCACCGGGGGCUGCGACGCUACGCAUCGCCACAACGCUCAGCUUUGCAGGCAGCCGUCCUCAGGCGACGGUCAACGGCUGGGCCGGGCCGACGCCUGGCGCUCCAAACAAGAUCGACAGCCGAGGUGUCACUCGUGGCGCAUACAGGGGCUACGGCGAGAUUUACGAAGUGAACAUUCCUUCCGGCAAGCUCGUCGCCGGCAGCAACACCAUCACCAUUAGCUCACUGUCGGGAAGUAGCGGCACCACAUUUUUGAGCCCCAACUUCAUUUUCGAUUGUGUUGAGCUAUUUACAACAUAAUUAGUCUAAUGGGGGAGAAACUAUUUUGCAACCACCAGCUUAUGCCGUGAUUAGGAUGACACACAGCUAUCUAGUUAUUUCACUUUAAAGUCUGAACCGGGUUAUUAGUUGCAAUGCCAGGAAAUUCGAUUUUCUUCCCGCAGCACACCCGGUCCCCUGCCCCCGAGAACUUCGAGGGAAAUUCUAGCAAUUAUAAUUUUAUAUAAACAUCAUAGUAUCGCUCCACACAAGGUUUUUAUAGUAUAUCUAGAAUAGUUAGGGUGGC